AUGAAUGAAGAAAAUCUAGAUGUGACAAAUGGAUGCAGCAAAGUUCGAACUGGUACCCAAAAUGAAGCAGCUUUGUUAGCUUUAAUGGAAAAAACUGGUUACAACAUGGUUCAAGAAAAUGGACAAAGAAAAUUUGGUGGGCCGCCACCAGGUUGGGAAGGUCCACCUCCACCUAGAGGGUGUGAAGUUUUUGUAGGAAAGAUUCCUCGUGAUAUGUAUGAAGAUGAAUUAGUUCCUGUUUUUGAAAGAGCUGGAAAAAUAUAUGAAUUCCGACUUAUGAUGGAGUUUAGUGGUGAAAAUCGAGGAUAUGCUUUUGUGAUGUAUACAACUAAAGAAGAAGCCCAGUUAGCCAUUAGAAUUCUUAAUAAUUAUGAGAUUCGUCCAGGGAAAUUUAUUGGUGUCUGUGUAAGUUUGGAUAAUUGCAGAUUAUUUAUUGGAGCUAUUCCUAAAGAAAAGAAAAAAGAAGAAAUACUGGAUGAAAUGAAGAAAGUUACAGAAGGAGUUGUGGAUGUCAUUGUUUAUCCAAGUGCAACUGAUAAGACCAAAAAUCGGGGUUUUGCAUUUGUAGAAUAUGAGUCUCACAGAGCUGCUGCCAUGGCAAGGAGAAAACUUAUUCCAGGAACAUUUCAACUAUGGGGCCACACUAUACAGGUAGAUUGGGCAGAUCCAGAGAAAGAAGUUGAUGAAGAAACAAUGCAAAGAGUUAAAGUUUUAUAUGUAAGAAAUUUAAUGAUCUCUACCACAGAGGAAACAAUUAAAGCAGAAUUCAAUAAAUUCAAACCUGGGGCUGUUGAAAGGGUGAAGAAGCUUAGAGAUUAUGCUUUUGUUCAUUUUUUCAACCGAGAAGAUGCAGUGGCUGCUAUGUCUGUUAUGAAUGGAAAAUGUAUUGAUGGAGCAAGUAUUGAAGUUACACUGGCUAAACCAGUAAAUAAAGAAAGCACUUGGAGACAACAUCUCAAUGGCCAAAUUAGCCCAAAUUCUGAAAAUCUGUUGGUAUUUGCUAACAAAGAAGAGGGACACCAAAAAACUCUAGGAAAACCUCCAAGUCUUCCAGCUCGUCUCAAUGGUCAACACAGCCCAAGCCCCCCCGAAAUUGAAAGAUGCACUUACCCAUUUUUCCCUGGAACAAAGCUCACACCAAUAAGUAUGUAUUCUUUAAAAUCCAAUCACUUCAAUUCUGCAGUGAUGCAUCUAGAUUAUUACUGCAACAAAAAUAAUUGGGCACCACCAGAAUAUUAUUUAUAUUCAACAACAAGUCAAGAUGGAAAAGUACUCUUGGUGUAUAAAAUAGUUAUUCCUGCUAUUGCAAAUGGAUCUCAGAGUUACUUCAUGCCAGACAAACUAUGUACAACGCUAGAAGAUGCAAAGGAAUUGGCAGCCCAGUUUACUUUGCUUCAUUUAGUCUCUUCAUACGAUCUGAAGGAAGGGCUAACAAGGAGUUCACAUGGCCAAAAGGGAGGAAAUAGGAACACAAUCUCUUCAACCUGGACCUGUGUAGGAGAAUUUGGAGAAAAUAAAUUAAGAGACUACAAUUUCCGUCGCAGCUCAGUAAAUAGUAUUUCCCCUGUUAGUGCUACCCUCUCUUCUGGGACACCCAGCGUGCUUCCUUAUACAUCAAGGCCUUAUUCUUAUCCAAGCUACCCCUUGUCACCAACAAUAUCGCUUGCUAAUGGCAGCCAUGUUGGACAACGACUAUAUAUCUCCAAUCAGGCCUCAUUCUUCUGA